AGGAGAUCCAAACGACGUACCAGUGCUAACAACACACCACUUCUUAAUCGGUCAACCAGGAGAUGAUGUUGCACCAGAGAGUGUCAACUACACACCGUUUAACACCAAGAAACAUUGGAGGCGCGUGCUGGAGCUUAUUCACAAAACCUGGAGACGUAGGAUGCCAGAGUACCUUACAAGUCUUGGGUCCCGGUCAAAGUGGUUUGAAAAGCAAGAUAAUGUCUAG